AUAUUGAUGAUGUCAGGAAGUACAAACCAGGGUACCUUGAGGCUACGGUCGACUGGUUCCGAUUAUACAAAGUCCCUGAUGGGAAGCCGGAAAAUCGGUUCGCUUUCAAUGGAGAAUUUCAAGACAAGGCUUUUGCUGUUGAAAUUAUUAAAUCCACCCAUGAAUACUGGAAAGCUCUGCUUCAUAAAAAAGCUGAUGGAGGCACUAUUAAGUGCACAAAUGUUCUGGUGAGUGGCAGCCCGUUUUGUUGCAGUGAGGAGGAUGCCCGAUCGAUUGUGCAGUCGAUCUCUUCCAACCCAUUCCGUGAUUCUGCCAAUCUGGGACCUGGAUUAUGGUUCACCCAGCUGAUUCUUCCUGGGGUUACCCGCUUGGGCACCAGUGCCUGUGACUGGAGAUGCCGUUUCCCUAGAAG